UUUUCUGGCUAUUGCAUUAUCAAGCGCGUUGGGUGUUUGGGGCCUUUUAGAGCGUUGGGCCCUUGCUUACUUUUUCUUCUUCACCAUACCCUCCUGCAUACCUGCAUAUUUGCAUAUGAGUGCUUCAUGCAUGUUACUAGCGACGCGACUAGACCUUGUUCAUGGUUCUAUCAUUCACCACCACCACCAUCAUCCUCCUCCUCCUCCCCAUCUUCUUUAUACCUCACAUCAGACAAGAUCUUCGGAAGAAGUCCGACUUUUUGAACUCUUUAUGAUACCACUAUACUUCAAUGAUUCGAUACAUUACCUCCGCCAGACGGACACAUGCACAAAUCUCUGCUGCCUCACCACGCAGUGUGACCCGAAAUGAACAUAAUAUCUCCGCCUUGGUCUUCAUCGGGUGUUUUCAGGGUGCCCUGAUCGGGCAUUUCUCUGUACUUGAUAUCCCCAAACUAG